GCUGAGGUGGAAGAAACACUGAAGCGAAUUCAGAGCCAAAAGGGAGUGCAGGGAAUCAUUGUUGUUAAUUCUGAAGGUAUUCCUAUCAAAAGUACUAUGGAUAACUCCACAACGAUUCAGUACGCGGGCCUUAUGCACAGCUUCAUCAUGAAGGCAAGGAGCACCGUGCGAGACAUUGAUCCCCAGAAUGACCUCACAUUCCUGCGGAUCCGCUCCAAGAAAAACGAAAUCAUGGUCGCACCAGAUAAAGACUACUUCCUGAUUGUCAUCCAGAAUCCAACUGAAUGAUUACAAUGACUUGGUCUGGUUUUUUUUUUUUCCCUUUGCCCAAUUGUUUUUUUUAAUUUAAUGGUAAAGAAUAGAGCAUUAGUGUUAACUCUGCUGUGCCACUUCAAUAAUGUCCGGAAAAACAACAGCAGGUGUUUUUGUUGUUUACAUACAGAAAAAGUGGCUUUUUUUUUGGUCUCACAAGUCGUUUUGAGGAGGAGUUGGUGAAUUAGAAUCAGGCAGUAAAAAAUACAAUAGAUUCUUUUAAUAGUUAAGAAGGUAAUGUAAUAAAAUUCUAUUAAU